AUGAACUACGAAUCACUCGCACGCUGCGACUUGACCGGAAAGCUGAUUCUGAACGAUCAGCCUGCCUCGCGCCUGGAGCGUGGAGCAGCAGCACCACCACCAGCAAAAGCAUCGCCUUAUUCUCUCGACGAGAGGAACGAUAUGGAUUGGUAUUUCUCGGGGUAUGAGUAUGAGCGUGAGCAGCCACAGCAGCAGCAGCAGCAACAACCGCAACGACAGUAUGUUCAACAGCAACAGCAGCAGUAUCAGUAUCGUCCUGCAAGCCACGCUCGCACAAUUUCAAGCAAUGAGUCGCCUCGGAUUCCAUACAUCUAUCGAGACUCCUCGGGCUUCUACCACACAGGCGGAAUAGACAGCAGAUCGCAAACACCCUUCGAGGCUCCUCGUCCUGUUAGUCCACCACCGCCAGCAUAUUCCGAAAGCCCUGGUCUCUGGCCUCCAUAUCGUGGACCGUUCAACAACAAUCUCAACCAAACCAGACCACGAACUCCUCUAGAUCGUCCCGACAGCAGCGGCUCUCAUCGAGGUCUCUUACGAGACUUCUUCGGCCGCAGUUCUUCGGAACGCUCUCGCGUACCCGAAGCUACCAGCCCGAAAUAUCGCGACGACGACUGGCUAAUGUCAGUAAAAUCCCAAUAUGAGCGUCAGUUCCGACGCAGUAAAGAAGAAGAGGAUGAUUGCCCUCCAACUCCUCCUCCCAAAGACCUCCGACCUACACCCGCUGAACGCGCAGCUAAGCUUCGAAGAGACAGGGAAAGAGCUUUGCAGAAAGAAAAAGAAACCUCACGUCAAGAUUUCGCUCCCCGACACCCUCCACCACCACCACCACCAAAAUCUCAGACAAAAGCCAAAACCCAUACCACAACAAAAGAUGCCGAUGCGAGUCAGGGACGUCAGAGGUGUUUUGGGUGUCCUUAUGCUGCUCCGGUGGAGAGUUUGAGACAGGGGUUGUGUGAGGUUUGCUAUCAGCGGAGAUUGGAAGAUCUGCAAGACGACGACGAUCAUCGCGAAGAAGCAGAAGAAGACGAUGUUAGCCAUAGCUCAAGCAGGAGUAGCUCACCUUCAAGGCCUCGCAAAGUGAAUGAUGAACGGUACAUGAAGAUUUCUGGUAGCCAUACAAUGCGCCGUGUCCGCCGGACAUGGUAUCACGACCCAGGCAAUCCCUUCGCGUUCGUAGAUGAGGACAACGAAGCUGAUGGGUUGCUUCCCACAACGUCAUACGGCAGUUCUCCGGCUAAGACAGAAUCCAGUGGCUUCAAUCUUGAACUCAGAGGGCACUUCAACCGUUCGGCAGCAGCCACCGAUUCGAGUGGGUUCAAUUUCGAGCUUGAGAAUAUUGCAAAGCAGAGUUCCACUCCGCAUUCACACUUUGCUGACGAGGACGUCAUCCAUGAGGAGAUGGUUCGCAGGCAAAGCAGUCCGGAUGUUGGUAUGGAGCGAUUCGGUGAUAGUCUUGGCCUACCUCUGCAUGCUCCAAAGGCACAGAGGACCGGGACGCCUGCUCUGGUCAGAUGUCACUCCUUGAAAGAGGCGGCGUCUUUUGCUUCGAGCACGCCUCCGCCUGAAGAAGUCGAAUACAUCCCGCCCAGAACGUUUUGGAAGAAAAGUGCUGCGUCCAAAGAUGUCCGGGAGGCGACUAUUCGCGUGGGAGAUGCCACAGUCACCAAUCACUAUGGGUGGUAUGAUGGCAUACUGCAAGAGUAUCAUACAGAUCCUGAGGAGGCAAUACUAGAUGAUCACAUAGUCAACAAUAAUAGACAUGUCACGUAG